AUGUUCUUUUUAUACCUUCUUGCAGUGGCGUUUGCUGCCGAUGUAGGCGUGGCUCCUAUCAACGGAGGCGGCUUCACCACAACCACAGACACUGCUAAUUUGGCUGGAAUGCAACUUGAAACCACCACAAAUACCCCUACCACUGCUGCUGCUGUUGAUACUGAUACUGACACCACAGGCACGGGCACUGGAACUACAACUCCGGCUGCUGCCGCCGACACCGCCACGACCGGCACCGGUACGGCCACCACCACGGGAACUGGCACUUCAGCAACGGGAACCACCGCAACCACCCCUGCUGCCGCUGCUGAUGAUACAGCCACUGGAACGGGUACCACCACCACAGGUACCGGAACCUCCACGGCCACAACUGACACCUCCACGGGCACCGCCAACACUAAAACCAUGAGCCCUUCCCAGUUGUCCAUCUACAAGCAGACUCAGUCCAUGAACGCAGAUGAACUCAUCGACUGGUCUGCUACGCACACUGAUUCUGCUACAGGCACUACUACCGGUACUACUACUACGGCUGCUGCUGCUGCCGCUGACACCGCUGCAGCCGGAUACACUGGCUCCAUCGCUGCCACCCAGAUCGCCCCUCCCCUGACGCUUACCUUCAUGACAACAAUGAAGAGCAACUCUGCUGCUCUGACCCAGGCCGCUGCCGCUACUCCAGCCUCUGAUGCCUCUGAUGCCUCUGAUGGCUCUGAUGGCUCUGAAAGCUCUGAUGGCUCUGAAAGCUCUGAUGGCUCUGAAAGCUCCGGUUCGCUGUCCUACGCCGCAGGUGGUGCCAGAAACGGCCUUACUAUAAAUCAGCAUUUGGACAAGGCUCCUACUGAAAAGACUGUUCUUGAUGCCUUGAAGGCAUGCAGAGAUUUCCGUCUGGAGGUGCACGACAGCGACAAAUUUGAAGCCAACCCUAUAUUCAAAAAGCUUUCAGAAGAAGUCAAGCAGAUCUUGCUCAAUGAGAAUGUCAAGUUCGACAAUGACCUAUUGAAAAAAGUGCUUCUCCUAAAGCUCCCACCAACUUGGGCAACACAGAUUAUUCUGACUUUUUACGAAAGAAACCCAAAAGCUGUGAUUGACAAGAAAACAGCGUUAAUUCCAUUUCGUCAUAGUUUGCUUGACGGCGACCUCCAAAAUGCAUUGAAAAUCACCGACAUCACUACUGGCCAUCCUAAUUACAUUGCCCAAAAAGAUAGUGAGAUGCGUCGUGGUAUCUACAAACUUGCAGCGACGGCGAUCGGAAUCACGUUUUUCUCCAAGUACGGUGUCAAUCUAGUGAUCGACUGGGGUUGGCUCUCGCCCACAUGGAAACACUUGGGUUCGAUAAAUGCCAUGAUCUUGACCUAUAUAUUGAACUCCAGUUUCUUCGUCACCAUUGUGCGUUUUGGUCGCCAAAAGAGCGCCGCUGGAGGCGACUUCUUGACCUGGCAAAAGGGCACCUUCUACACUCACUGGUAUAAGCAUGCUGACGAGAUGAACAUGUGCGCCAAGGUGAUGCAGGCCGACUUGUGGCUCAAUGGAGGACUUGAAAAUUCACCACCGUUGGUGGAGGAGUUAUGCAGAAAGGACGACUCGCUAGAUACGGGCAAUAACCCUGUCGCCAAGUAUAACAGGGAAGGAAAGAAAGUGCGCUUGCUUGAGCCCAAGGACAACAUGGAGGACUUGAAGAUGCAAGCGUACUGGAUGAGUGGAGGCGAUGGCUUUGAGUGGGUGGAGCCAGACCAGGAUCCAGCAGACAUCAUUUGGAGAGAGCACUUGAAGAAGCUUCAUGCUCCUGAAUUGAAUGGAUCCAACCAGAAGUCGCUCAAGUGGGCCGAGGAGCUUAUUGAGCCUUCUCAACAAGUGUAA